AUGCCGAUGCCAAUGCGCUCGCCGCCCAAGACGGUGCUGAUCGUGGUGAACGUGCUGCCGCUCGUGUUCGAGCGCAGCGAGGCGUCCGCCAGCGGCUGGAGCGUCUCGUGGGCCACGGGGGCCACGGCCAUGCUCUACCGGACGCUCGUAAGGGACGCGGACCAGUACUCGCCGCUCUUCAUCGGCUGCCCGGAGGUGUUCGUGGCCAAGAGCGAGGAGGCGGCGCUGGAGAAGCAGCUGCUGGCGCUGCGCUGCGUGCCCGUGUUCCUGGAACCGCCCGUGGCGCACCGGUACUUCCAGGGCUUCUGCAAGGGCGUGCUCUGGCCCGUGUUCCACAACGUCGUGGACGUCUACAACUCGGCCGAGCUGCAGCUGGACUGCGAAGAGAAUAAGAAGAAGAAGAGGGACCACUCGUGGUUCGGAGGCGGCAAGAAGGAGGAGAACUCGGGCGUCAAGAGCGCGUGGUGCGACCCCGUGUCGUGGAACCCCGCGGCCCAGGACAUGUGCUGGUCCGACUACUGCAGUGUGAACAGGACGUUCGCGCGUCGAGUGGUGGAGAGUUAUCAUGACGGGGAUCUUGUGUGGCUCCACGACUUCCACUUCUUGAUGCUGCCGUCGUACUUGCUGCGUCGCCUGUGCACUGCGAUCGUGACGAUGUAUUUGCACGUACCAUUUCCAUCAAGCGAGAUCUUCCGAUGCCUUGCAAUGCGCACGGAGAUCCUUCGUGCGAUGCUGUGUGCGGAUCACAUUGGAUUUUUGAUCUUUGAACAUGCGAGACACUUCCUCACGAGUUGCAAGCGGCUGCUGGGACUGGAUUACAAGACGUGUCCGAAUGGAAUGCUGGUGAUGGAGUACAACGGACGCAAGGUCCACAUUUCCUGCUCGCAUGUCGAGCCUGAUGUGACGCAUUUGCAUGAAAUGCUCGACCAGAACCAAGCCGAUGCGAAUGGCGCUGCGCUGGACUUCGCUGAGCACGUCAAGAAUGCCAUCACAGCAGGGAGAGACCCAACGCAGCACCGACUGGUGAUCGGAUCUGUUGAUCGCUUGGAAGGACUCACGGCCAUCCCAUUGAAGCUCCGAGCUUUUGAUCGCUUCUUAGCGACUCACCCGGAUAAACGAGGGUCCGUGGUGCUCGUACAAAUCGGGAUCGCUCUUGACUCCAGGCCCAACGACUACCACCGAACUCGUGAGUACGUUCUGAAGUUCACAGAGGAGAUAAAUCGCCGGUAUGCACCUCCUGGAGGCGUCGUGGUGUACUUUGAGGAGAAGCGGAAGACCACGUGUGCUGAGCGAGUGAUCCUAUGGCGGAUGUGUGACGUCUACCUGGAUACUUGUGUUCGCGGAGGGCUUUCGUUACUGCCUUUCGAGUAUAUGAUCGCUCAACACCGAAACAUUUUGAGCAAAUCCAGAGCUUCGACUGGGUGGAGCAGCCCGCGUGGGAGCGCGGAUGUUGGCGGUCUGGAUCGCAGUUUCGGCAUCAUGAUCGUGUCGGAGUUUAGCGCCUACAGCCGCAUACUGAGCGGUAGUCUGGCGGUGAACCCGUGGAAGACAGACGACAUGGCUGCUGCGUUCGCGAAAGCCUGCUCGAUGAGCUACUACGAGAAGCACAAUCGAUUCUACCUGAACUACAAGUUUCUGGUGGGGAAAUCCGAUGCGACGCCGUGGGGUGAACGACUUCUAGCCGACAUUGAAGCUGUGACUGACAAGACACGAGAUGCCUCGUCCGGAGAAGUUGUUCAAGUCGGCUUUGGGUUCGACUUCCGAGUUAUGCGGUUCGAGUCUGGCUUCGUGAGCCUGGAUGUCGACGAUUUAGUCAAGAAAUGCACCAGUACUUCGCGUCGCCUCUUCAUUCUGGACUAUGGCGGAACCUUGAGCUCGACUGCUAGCAUUUUGGACGAGGAGGGAGCUCAGUACUCGUAUCGAGGUGAAUGCGCUGAUCAAGUUCUACAGACUUUUGACGUGAGCGAUCGGUAUGGUGGCGAGUGUACCGUUCAAUCCGCUGCUCGGUACAUUGACGGGAAAGUUCGCAAGCCGAUCUCGGACGAAACGCGGGCUAAUCUGCGGACACUGUGUGCCGAUCCGUGCAACAUCGUGUUUAUCACCAGCAACACCCAGCGUGAGGCGCUUGAGACCCAAUUUGGUUCCAUUCCGAACUUGAAUCUCAUUGCCGAGAACGGAUUAUUCAUCAGGAAAGCUGGCAAAGGGGACUGGGAGUGUGUCUGCGAUGAGGACAAGCGGACAUUCGACUGGAAAGAUGACGCGAAACGCGUUAUGCGGGCGUAUGCAGCGCGAACAAACGGUUCCUUCCUUGUCGAGAAUGCGGCGUCGCUAUUGUACGAUUACCGUAACAGCGACCAAGAGUAUGGCGAGAUCCAGUCACUGGAACUUUGCGCUCAACUUCGACACAUUGUGGAGAGCGGUGAGGCAACGAUCAACCGUGCGAAGGGAUACGUGGAGGUGCACCAGUCUGGAGUCAGCAAGGCUGUGGCGGUAUCUUUGGUUCUGAAGGUCCUGAAAGAGCAGGUGGAUGUACCAGAGUUUGUCUUUGUCGUGGGCGACGACGACUCGGAUGAGAAAGUGUUCCAGGCUGUUCACGCUUUUGCCGAGAAUGAGCCGAAACUCGAGCACGUUGUGACGUGCACAGUGGGGAAGAAGCCCAGUACUGCGAAGUGCUACGUGCUCUUCAUGCCAUCGGCGUUCGGGUACGCUAGCGUUGUGAGGCCAUUGACCCCCUCAUCACUAUCACUACGCUUACAAAACCUUUAUCUCGUACCACAGCUCCGCCUCUCCAGCUCUCGCAUCCGCUUAUUCCAGCAGCCUCGCACGUACUGCCGCCAGUUCCUCAAGCAGAAGCGUCUCGUGUCCAAGGAGUUCCUGCAAUCCCUGGAGCGGGAGACGCGGUCUCUGUCCAUGCCCUCAAAUGGCUCCGCCAGCGUGACCAUGGGCCCCGACAUCGACGAGUUCUUCGCGCCAAGCCCAAGCGAAGCCUCGUCCACCAACUGGGCCGCACUCGGCGCCGCCGUGCUCGCUGGUUGCGUCCUCGGCGCCGUCGCUACGUCCGAGCGCCACCGCGUGCUCCGUCGCUUCUUCACCUAA